CCCUCUCCCGCCGGCACACCGCACCAAGCCACACUCAGUCGCACACCCUGCAGCGCUCGUGACGCAUCUUCCCCCGUACGCCCAGCCUCUCGCAUCUCCCACACACGCAGCCCGCCAUGCAGGCCCUCGACAUGGCCCGCCUCAAGGCCGGCGAGAUGGACCUGGGCACGUCGAUCAUGGCCGUCGCGUAUGACGGCGGCGUCAUCAUGGGCGCCGACUCGCGGACAACGAUGGGCUCGUACAUCGCCAACCGCGUGACGGACAAGCUCACGCACAUCUCCGACCGCAUCUACUGCUGCCGCUCCGGCUCCGCCGCCGACACGCAGGCGGUGGCCGACAUGGUCUCCUACCACCUCGGCAUGGUCUCAGUGCAGCACGACGAGGCGCCGCGCGUCGCCGUCGCCGCGCAGCUCUUCCAGGAGAUCUGCUACUCGAACAAGGACCGCCUCAGCGCCGGCAUCAUCGUCGCCGGCUGGGACAAGCGGAGUGGCGGCAGCGUGUACAACGUGCCGCUCGGCGGCGGCCUCUUCAAGCAGCCGUGGGCCAUCGGCGGCUCCGGCUCGACGUACAUCUACGGCUACUGCGACGCGACGUGGAAGGAGGGCUGGGGUCGUGACGAGACGCUCAAGUUUGUGCGCGAGGCUCUGGCGCUUGCAAUGCGGCGAGACGGCUCUUCAGGCGGCACCAUCCGCAUGGUCGACAUCUCCGAGAGCGGCGUCAAGCGCUUCUUCCUGCCGGGCGACGACCUGCCAGACGCCGUCGGCAAGGACUUUGUGCCGCACAAGUUCGUCUAGACGGGCACGCGGCGCAGGGCGAUGGGCAAUGAGUGAAUAAUUGAUGCA